UUCGUAUGCCACGUAAUUUUAAACUACGCCAUCUUUCGACAAGACGAUUAGGAAGGACUUGACAACACAUGGUGCACACGUUUUAAUAACUGUAUUGUUAAUAUAAGAAUAGAUUGACACGAACUUUGAAUAUCAGAUUUAGCAUCCCGUGUUGACAAUGAGCGAAAAAUUGAUCGGUAUCAUCGCACUACUUAGUUUAUUGUCAGUCGUGUUUGCCGGCGAACUGACAUUUGAGUUACCAGAUAACGAAAGACAGUGUUUCUUUGAACAAAUUGAAAAGGGUGUACAGUCUACCCUUGAAUUUCAGGUUAUAUCAGGUGGUCAGUAUGAUGUGGACAUGGAACUGACCGCUCCCAAUGGUCAAGUAUUAUACAAAGACGUGAAGAAGCAGUACGAUAGUUUUACCUGGACACCAGAUCAAACCGGCGUCUUCAAGUUCUGUUUUAGUAAUGAGUUUUCUACAUUCACACACAAGAUUGUCUACUUUGAUUUCCAAGUCGGAGAUGAAAAGCCACUUUUUGAACAAGAAGGAAAACAUGCAACAGCUAUGACUUUGAUGGAGACUUCAGCGGUCAAUAUACACGAAGACUUACGUAACAUAUUAGAUGACCAAACUCAUCACCGUCUGCGUGAAGCUCAAGGCAGAGUAUUUGCAGAAAAUUUAAACGAUAGAGUAUUCUAUUGGUCGUUAGGACAGUCUUUGAUUAUAUUAUUUGUUGGAAUAGGACAGGUUUUAGUACUAAGAAGUUUUUUCACAGAAAAGAGAACUGGAAAAGCAUAAUUUAUUGUUUAUUAGCUUUUAUACUAAAUCUCACGUAGGCCAUCCUUAAAAAUUGAUGAAUUUGCUAUGAUUUAAAAUCAAAAUUGUUCUAGUAUAAAAAAGCAUAAUAAUUUUGGGAGUGGAUAUAAAUUAUAAUUGUUGCAAGGAAAAUAUUUGCACAAUGUACCUAAAUUUACUCAUAAACUGUUGAAUUAUUAUUGUUUUUUUGGAAUGAAUUUUCAUGAACUUCUUAUGUAAAUAUGAAACACAAACUUGUGUCUUCAACAGAAUACUAAUUUCCCAUAGGCUUGUAACAUGUAUAAAUUUUUCUCUAUACAUUCUAAAUUAGUUUUGAUAUGAUGUCAUCAAAAAUGUCUUGACAUAAAAAAUUCACAAAAUCAAGUGUUAACCAAAAAAUUAUAUUUAUAAAACCACAAAAAUAAGUAAAUCCACAUUACUCAGGUUUGAAGUAGAAUGUUAACUGUAAACAAUUUUUAAGUAUGGCCUUAUCAACAUGAUCAAGAUAUAAAUAUGAAGUUCAGUCUAAUUAAGAUAAACUAAGUUUCCCCUGAUUUUAGGAUGUAUAUAUAUUUCACAGUUAGUCAAUUUAGAUUAGGCCUUGCCGUCAUCAAACUUUCUAGCACGAUUCUCGUACUCAGACUCAGAAAUCAACCAAUCAAAACACUGGAUUAAGUGUUUCGAGCACAAAUUUUGUUCUCCGUGUACUGAGUAAAGUUUUAUGACCGAGGGCCCAGGUCUUAAAAGACUCAAUGGGCAAUGCAAUUUAAAUGUUGAGAUCAUUAUAUUUUAGAGAGUUAAUUGAAAAUUUUUCUUGUAAAGCAUUGUUUUCAAAAAUAUUUUUGGCAGGUCUAAAGUAUAAUGAAGUACAUGUCCAUACUAAAAACAAAAAAACAGGUUUAGUUAGACUGUUAUAUUUCAUUGUAAAUUAUUUUCAUUGCUCAAUUCAUCGUGUUCAUUUCAUACCAUAAUAGAGGAAUGAAAGUAUUGAAAUAUUUGGUAAACUAGGACUGGGAGACAAAUAGAAUACAAGUGAUUGGAACUGUAAAUUUUUGUCAAAAUAUUACCUCGUUAUCUUAUUUUUGUUUCUUCCAUUAUGCAUUGGAAAAUACCUGAUAAGAUUUAACAAUUAGCUUUACGUAAAUGCCUUUAAUGCAUCUUCGCUAGCCAAGGAUUACGAUCCAGUCCCCUCCUGUCCACCCAUUGCAGAAUUCAGAUAGAAUUUCGGAUCCAUGAUGUAAUGAUUUCCAUUGGUCUUAGUUGUAACUGGCUGCAUCCAAUCAAAAAGAACCUUUAAGAUGAUCACAUGUAAAUGUAGAAAAUUUAAAUAAACAAUUGCCAUGUGAAGAUUGUGCAACAAGUCUUUACCCCAAAAACAUAGAAUGAUAUUUAGUGACAAUCUUAAAGUUCUUAAUCAACUAAUUAAUUGAAGUUUCUGGGUAUGUUUCUUGUGCAAAUGUUGGAAUACCAAUGUUUUUUUCGGUUUUUGCUUCACGAAAUUUGUAAACACUAUAUGAGACAAACGUUUUUACACCUCCCUACUGAAGAGUGUUCAAGUGCUACCAUUGGUCAAGAAUGAUGUAGUCGGAAUGGGCGUGAUUUUUGUCUACUGCAUAAUGUACUGGUAGAUGGCUCAUCAUUGUCAUAACAAAUGUUGGCUAAAUCUGCCAAGGGUGGAGAGGAGGAGACUGGAUGGUAACCCUUGGCUAGUGAAGAUGCCUUUAAUGUAACAUUGCCAAUUGCUUAUAAACUAAUGUUAGAUUUGUACUAAAUUUGGAAGGCAACUUAAAAAACCUAUAUUUAUACAUUUAUAUAUGACAUGCAUGUUCAGUAACCAUGGUAACUGUAUUGAAUGUUCUGAUUCCAAGGCAUGUCAGGAUGUCAAACUUAUUCAAACAAUAUUGCACUGACUAUUGUAACUGAAUACACAGAACUCAGAAACUAGAUAUGUUAUGAUUUUUGUAACAGUAUGAAAAAUCUCUAAUUUCUUCUCUUUCAUGUAAUUUAAUUGUAGUGUGGAUAUUGUAUCACUGUGUGCUAUUUGUAUUUCUGUUUUAUAUGAUGUAUGUGAAGAAAUUUGUGUUGUCGUGAAGUGCAUAUUUUGAGAAUAUUUAUUUUGUUGUUUUUGUACAGAUGUUUAUCAUUCCAUAUAAUAAGUAUAAAAAAUUAGUUGUUUUUUUUAUAUUUAAGGUUUGGUUUAUUAAAACUUUUUGUUUUAGAAAUUAGCUGUAUGGUAUAGUGAUUUAGUAAAUGAAAAUAUUUUCCAGUA